AUGCACAUUGGCUCACCGGAAGCUCACCCUCACGAACCCAUUACCAUUGAAGUUGGCGUGCAUGCCGAAGACGUCGCGCUACAACGCGUUGCCAUCGCGCGCCGCUUCUUCUCUAAAGUCGCGCCUGCCUUCUCAGUCAAAGACUACUUGCUCCGCUUGCAUAAGUUCUGCCCGCACUCGCCAGGUGUGUAUCUUACAGCAGCCGUAUACUGCCAUCGCUUGUGCGUCGCCGACCUUACGGUGCCGGCUACCAACCGGACAGUGCAUCGCCUUUCGCUCACGGCAAUACGAGUCGCGAGCAAGGCACUGGAAGACAACAAGUGGACGCAGGAACUUUAUGCAAAAGUUGGUGGCGUGAGCAGGAAUCAAUUGAUGAACUUGGAGGUCACGCUUUGCUUCUUGCUGGACUUCGACCUGGGUGUAGAUGCAGCGGUGCUAGCCAGAAGAACGUUCUUACUGCAGCAGGCCGGGAGACAGGGUUUGGGAACAAAUUCAAGGCUGAGCAGAAGCUUCCAGCUAAGGCUUCCUUUGAGGAGGAGAACGAACACGUUCUCUUGA